AUGUCAGUAUGCGUAGCGCUGACAGCACGGUUUGCUGCUGUUGAGCGCCAUUUCGAGCUGCGACACGACGCGCCCGCCGCUGCCGCACCUAAUGAGCUGCGGCGCAGUUGUGAGCGCUCCCGCAAACGCCUCUCGGCCGUGUGGGCGACGCUGCGUCGUGGAUCCGGUAACCAGUGUGUUGUCUAUCAGAAUGCUGUUAACAUACGCUCUGUAAGAGCCAAGAAAAUGCGCGAGGCUGAAGAAGUCAAACAGGGGUUGGAAGACCUUAUGUCCGACAUCAAGAAGACGGCCAACAAAGUUCGCACCAAGUUAAAGACCAUAGAGCACAACAUCGAGCAAGAAGAACACAAUAAAAAAUCUUCAGCAGAUCUGCGGAUACGAAAAACACAACACUCUACACUAUCGCGGAAGUUUGUGGAGGUGAUGACAGAAUACAACCGCACGCAGACUGACUAUAGGGAGCGUUGUAAGGGAAGGAUACAACGUCAACUGGAAAUUACGGGACGGACGACCACAAACGAAGAAUUGGAAGACAUGUUAGAGCAGGGUAACCCAGCAGUCUUCACCCAGGGGAUCAUCAUGGAAACUCAGCAGGCUAAGCAGACGUUGGCAGACAUCGAAGCUAGGCAUGCAGAUAUCAUAAAGUUGGAAACUUCAAUUCGAGAGCUUCACGAUAUGUUUAUGGAUAUGGCAAUGUUAGUUGAGAGCCAGGGUGAGAUGAUAGAUCGUAUCGAGUAUCACGUAGAACAUGCGGUAGACUAUGUGCAAACCGCAACUCAAGAUACCAAGAAAGCUCUCAAGUAUCAGAGCAAAGCUAGGCGGGUAAGUUUGGUGCAAUGGUGUACCCAUUAUGGCGAGCUUGUGGACAAUGUAGAGUAUCAUGUGUCGCAAGCUAAGGAGAUGGUUGAUGAGGCCAAGGAACAAGUCGGAAAAGCCAUUCAGUACCAAACCAGUGCUCGGAAGCGUGCUGAAGUACCAUCUUCACCUUUACCUGUAGAUAAAAAAGAUCCUGAUAUUGAUCUGCCUGAGUGUAGUCAUCCUCAUUUUAAUUAUUGUUUUGUGUGUCGUCUUGUGAUGUGGGAGCGGUUGUCAUUGUGGGAGAUUCAGUUGCCUAAGACUUGAUUUGAAUGCCUAUCCCAGGUAUCUCUCUGAUCUGAGAGAGCAACCUGCAGAGUUGUGGAGGCACAUUUUCUUGCAGCAUAGUGCAUUGUUAUAAUUGGUUUGUGCAGGUGUCAUUUGCAUUGGGAAGUCUUUCAAGAACAGUUUUUUGAGCUGGCUGCCGUGCCUGUUAAAAUUUAUUGGCCAUUUGAAGACAAGACUAGUUGUUUGCAUAGCUAUGCACCUGUCUACCUGGCCAGUCAUCCUUGCCAGUUGCUGAAAUAUAUAAUGUAAUGCAGCAAUCUGCAGCUUCAGCUCAUUUGCUGCAAAUAAUUUAACUUAGUGUCAUGUAGUUAUACAAGAUCAUCUGUCUCUCUCUCUCUUUCUCUCUCUCUGUCUGUCUUUGGAUGAGAGAAUAUUAUUUGUUUUAAUAAAAAAUUACACUAACAGCUAUCAGGCUAGUCUUGUAAUAGAACUAUUGCCAGUUGUAUUCAUAUUAUCAAAAUGCAUUGUAUUUACUCAAAAUAAAUGUUCUAGUUUUUCUACGAAACUGCAGAUUUUAAGUACCAAAAACACCAAGUCUCAAAUAUGAGCUAGUCCUCAGUAGAUGUUUAGAGCUAGUUUGUUUGGAAGUGCCCCUGACUUUUUUUCAGAUGUAUUAUUAGGCAGUAUUUCCACAAUUUAUAUGAUUAAAGAGUUAGAAUGAAGUUCACCUCCCAAUUCAGGUGAAGCAUUGCAUGGCAGCCGGCUUCGUACCAGAAACUAGAGAUUUUGUGCAAGCUCAUACCAGUAUUAUGCACAUCUCAAUAAAAUGUUUUCCUGUGCAGUUUUAUUAAUGCCAUUGUUCUAUGCAUGGGAACAUUUCUCCAUUGACACAAUUCCUUCUCCAAUUAUAGUAUAAAAGAUAAUGCACAAAUCUCAAAAUUUGUAUUUUUGACCCGUUUUUAUUGAGAUUUAUCUUUUUAUGGAUAAUUUUGUACUCUAUAAUACUAAAGACAAAUAUGUCAGCUCUUUAAAUGAGUUACAUCUGAACAUCAUCAUAAUUUUCCUACAGUGAAUGAAAUUAAAACUACCCAAACAUUUGUACUUCCAUGUUGUGUAACUACAAUUUUCAGUUUACAUAAGAUAAAAAGUGCCUUGUUCUGUAGUCGUACAGUGUGUAUUGUCAUUGAUAUUAACACGUGAUCAAGGAAGUAUUAAUUUACAUCACAGGAGAAAUAUUCUUCCCAGCAGAACACAAAUACUGCUGUGUUGUGGUGGUUGGUUUUGAAUUCAGGCAUUGUCAGUUUAAUUGCGUGACUUGUAAAAAUGUUCCCGUUUGAUUUUAUUGAAAGCAUGUUAUAAUUGGAGAGGGACAACAAACAAGGGGUGCAUUACAUUUUGCUUUAGAUGCAUGCUUGUAAAUAUUGGCAUGCAUAAGGUUUCAUUUAUAAUACUGAUUUGUCAUGAGUGUUCUGCAACAAUUGUUGCACAGUGUAAAUUUGUAAUUUUGAACAUUAUUUUUUUAUCACUCGGUAUUUACUAUUACUGAUACAAAAGUGCAAGCUGUUUUGUGAGAUUACAAAAGCCUGUGUAAGAAGAAAUUAUUUUUAAGCUCCUGUUUCGUUUCUUUAUUUUUGCUACUAACAAUGGUUUGUUUAGUUGGGUGUUACUCUCAACAAGAGCCAUUGUUAUAUUUAUCAUUUUGUUUUGUCUGAAAAGCAAGCUGAGUAGUAUUGCCUGCUGCCUACAGGAAUGUUUAUAGUGAGGAGAAAAUCUAAUAUAAUUAUUGCAUAUUCCUCUAUGUAUAUAUAUAUAUAAAAGCUACUAUUUAUUAUGAGAAUGAAAGUGUAUUUAUUAAUAUCAUUUAUUAGUGUGAAGAUAGUUGUACAAAGUUAUAUCCAAGAGUGAAUGUAUUUCAUACAUUCCAUGUAUAGGUGCACUUACUCUCAUUCAUGAGACUUCCCAGCGCAAAUGGCUUUUAGAAAAGAGCCAUUGGCCAUUGAACUAUGUGCAUGUACUUAAUAAUGAGAGAAGAUCUCAGUAAUACAUCACAGGUUAAUCUGUGUAUUUACCUAAUUUGCAAUACUCAGAAUUCUAUGAGAAGUAGUUGAUACUACAAAAUAAUGCAAGGAAAAUUAAUUGUAAAGCUUGGCAACUGCACUUUCAGCUACUUUUUCAACAGUUCUUUGCACAAUUUUCUCUAUAUUAGUAUGUAUACCACUCAUAGCCUGCCAGCUGAUCCUUAAUGCACUACAGACUAGAACUAUUUGUCACAAUUAUCUCAAUAACUGUUUUUUGUUUUUUGUUUUUGUUGUUGUUUUGAAGGAGAAGACAUUAUUAGAAAGAAUACACUUCAAAGAAGGGAUAUUUUUUAAUAAUUUUUGUAAUCCAUUGAAGGUUUAAUAAUUUUGGUUUAUUUUCAUUUGAUAAUUUCACUUGGUGAUGGAGAAAGGGAAAAAUAGUAUUUUUUCACUGUUUUUUGUGUUUUACAAUAGAUCAGUAUUCAUAUACAAUGAUAGCCUUGCUUAUUUCAUUAUUACAUGUUGAAGAAGCUGUGCCUCUUAUUAAUAAUUUAUUAUAUCUGUAAGUAAAUAUUUCUGUCAAAUUAUUGAACAACAAUGGAUUUUUUUUUUCUUUUUUUUUUUUUCCCCUUCUGAAUAUCUAAAAAGAUUUACCAUCCUUGAGCAAUUUUGUAUGGAUAUAAUCAUUGGUGUUUAUUUCAUCAGUAUGUACAAAGAAAGAUUAUGUUUCACUGACACAAUAUUAAAUUUUUACAAUUUGUCCGCUUAUCUUGUCAGUCCUCUAAAAUUGCAUGCAUUUAUCGCAUCGGUUUAGUUUUUUAUUCCUUCCCCUGAAUGUAUUAUUUCUUUUUUUUUAAAUGUCCACCUUAUCAUUGUAUUUACUGUUUUUGUGAGAGAGACAAAAUGCUUUACUUGUACGUAUUAUCUCUGGCAGGCUUUGAAUGACAUGCAGUACUUCGUAUUUACUUUUAGUCACAUGAAACAACUGUUCUGAAAAGUAGCUGCAUUGUGCUAUUACUACUACAUUUUUAAGGCAUUGUAUAUUUUUCAAUAUGAAAUGUAGUGGUUAGUCAUUACUUAGGAUAGUUAACUGCUUCAUGCCAACUAUGUGUGAAAUUUGAAGAUAAUGAUCAUCGAUGGAUAUGUGAAGAAACCAGGCAGUGGGCAUGAAAUGUGUAUACUGCAGAGCUGAGUUUUGUUGCCAGAUGGCCAUGCUCAAAGGCACUGUAAGUACUUGUAGUUACUCCAGAAGAAUGUGUACAGUUGAAUGUUUGUGGGUGUGUGUGUGUUAAAGCUAUCUCUUUCCUCUGUAACUUACAUAGUUUGCUCUUUUGUUUUAUUGUUUCUUUUUUUGAUGUAUAGUUGUUAUAUUAUUUAAAAUGUAUUUAAUUAUGUCAAUAAAUUUAUUUUACUUUUA